AUGCUCUGGACGCGGUACGACUGCGACUCGCCGCCCUCGCCGCGCUACGGCCACACCGCAGUGGCGCUGGACGCCCGCUCGCUGUGGGGCACCGAGCUGGUGGUCAUCUUCGGCGGCAGCAGCAAGCAGGAGGGCGGAAGGCGCGCCCUGGGCGAUGUCGUCGUCUUUCAGGUGGACAGCGGGUCGUGGUUCAGGCCGGAGCUGCGGUCAGCUGCGACGCCGGGGUCCAGGGCCUUCCAUUGCGCUGUGGGCGUGGGGAUGCGCAUGUUCGUGUUCGGGGGCCACGUGGCUGUCCCCGACGCGGAGCAGCAGUCAUUCGUGAGGACGUACUUCAACGACAUGUGGUACCUGUCCGCGGACAGCUGGGAGUGGACGCUGCUGACUGUGCCAGAAGAAGGCAGGCCCUGUGGCCGUGACCUUGCCUCGAUGGUCGCAAUUGACGACGAUCGAAUACUGCUUUUUGGGGGCCGCACUGAUGCUGGAAAGUCGUUGAACGAUCUAUGGCUGUUUGAAAUAAAGGGGUCAAAAUGGACGAAUUUACAGGCUGGAGGCAACGUUCCGGGAGCAAGGAUGAAACACCAGUUGGUAUAUUCACCAGACCAUCGGCUACUGUUUCUUCAUGGUGGGGAAACUUCCACAGGCUCUCUCUUUGAUGACCUGUGGAGCAUACGUGGAGUGGACGGGCAGGAACCCUGGCAAUGGACACAGAUCAAGCUGCGGCCCAGACCUAGUGGCAGGAGUGGGCAUGCAAUGUCAGUUUUCGGAUCAUCUGUCCUGUGCUAUGGAGGACACGUCACGGCAGCAGGAUUUGCUUUCUUUUCCCAAAAUCAUUUCUACAGUAAGGAACUCUGGGUUCUGGACUUGAAAGAAAUGAGGUAUGAUGCGGUAAAGUGUUUACUGAAAUGUGUGCUUUUUGCAUUGGAUGGCCAGAGAUGA